AUGGAUUCUACAGAUGGUAAAAACAUAGGAUUUGUUAAAAGACAGGAAUUGAUUAGUGAAAGUAAGGAAAUAGAAAUGAUUGGUCAUCUUCACGGUGACAUUUUUAACCAAGAUAAAUUUUUAAUUAAUGGUGUUGAAAUGAGUGUUAAAUUGGUUCGAUCAAGAGAGAGUUUUAAUUUAAUUGUUGGGUCAAACGAUGUAAAGUUUAAAGUUUGCAUUACGGACGCAACUCUUAUUGUUCGACGAGCACGAAUUAAUCCAAGUGUAUUACUCGCACAUCAAAAAGUUUUAGCUUCUACCACUGCUAAAUAUCCUAUUACUCGAGCUGAAGUAAAAGUUUUAACAAUUCCUUCGGGUGUUCAAGGAAAAACUCUUGAUAAUAUAUUUUUAGGACAGGUACCGAAAAGAUGUAUAAUUGGAUUUGUGAACAAUUCUGCAUUUAAUUGUUCCCUUACUAAAAAUCCAUUUAACUUUGAAAACUAUGGUAUUAAUUCUUUCAGCUUAUAUAUUGAUGGUCAACAAAUACCUUCAAAAGCUUUGCAACCAUCUUUUAAUAAUAGCAUAUUUACAUCAGCAUAUCAUACUCUAUUCUCGGGAACUGGUAUUCACUUUCUUAAUGAAGGAAAUGGAAUCUCUUGUGAACAGUAUGGCAAAGGUUACUGUCUAUUAGCAUUUGACUUAACUCCUGAUUUAUCAGCUAACUCAUCAACUCAUUGGAAUCUCAUAAAGCAUGGUAGUGUAAGAAUAGAAGUACGAUUUGAAUCCUCAUUAAUACAAACAAUUAACUGUAUAGUUUAUGCUGAGUUUGAUAAUAUUAUUGAGAUAGAUAAAAACAGAAAUGUUACUGUAGACUAUAGUAGUUAA